UCAACCCGCCGCGCCCCCCUUCACAAUAGGAGCCAGAACAAAAAAAAAACCACUACUCCUCUCUCUCCCUCACACACAGAGUGAGAGAGAGAGAGACGCACAAGAAAUCAGUAGGUCAAUCUCUCCUCUCACCUUUACAUCGUCUUUGUAUUUACAAAGUUGUUGAUGACUUGAUGUAGAGGCUGUACCUGCUGGUUUGCUACCCCUAGCUAGCUAUAUGUCGUCCAAUCCUAGUUGAGCUCUCGAUCUGGAUGGCCCUCUGAUUAGUCGUCCUUUGCUUGGUGGUGCCUGCUGUGUAUAUCGCCACCCCGGCCGCUUGCUUCCGCUAGUAGCUAGUCCCUUCUUCUCUUCUCGAUCAGUUUGUUUAAUUGGCAGAGCGUAUGUAUCACACCCAAGGCGAAGGAAUGUCGUCGGCGGCCCAGAUCGCGCCGGUGCCGGAGCAUGUAUGCUACGUGCACUGCAACUUCUGCAACACAAUUCUCGCGGUGAGUGUCCCGGGUCACAGCAUGCUGAACAUGGUGACAGUCCGUUGUGGGCACUGCACUAGCCUGCUGUCGGUGAACUUGAGAGGACUCAUCCAAUCACUCCCUGUCGUCCAGAAUCACUACUCACAGGAGCAUUUCAAGGUCCAAAAUUUCAGCUUUACUGAGAACUAUCCAGAGUAUGCAGCACCACCUUCGUCUUCGAGAUACCGCAUGCCAACGAUGUUGUCAGCAAAAGGUGAUCUGGAUCAUAUGCUGCACGUCCGUGCUCCAGAGAAGAGGCAGCGUGUUCCUUCAGCAUAUAACAGAUUUAUUAAGGAAGAGAUACGAAGGAUUAAAGCAAACAACCCGGACAUAAGCCAUAGGGAAGCUUUCAGCACUGCAGCAAAGAAUAAGUACAUGUGGGCACAUUUUCCGAACAUUCAUUUUGGACUCGGGCCCUAUGAAAGCAGCAACAAGCUUGAUGAGACCAUUGGUGCAACGGGUCAUCCUCGGAAAAUUCAAGAUCCCUACUAA